UGGUUACAUCCGGCUAACAGUUUUUGUUUGUUUCAUUCAAUCGUUUGGUCAAAGAAGAAAUAAUAUAUCUUACAGAAGGUAGUCUGUCUGGGACAGUCACAUUUCUGCUGGAAAUGACUUCAUCGGUGUCAAAGGUAGGCUAAAGACUGUAAAUUGUUGAAAUGCGAUUUCCUUAGCGUAUUCUGAGCGAGUGCUGCGUUUAUAAUCUUGCCACGAUGGAAGCUAGCUGGGGGGACGACGACGUUCCAAGGAUUCCUAAUAGCAAAGAACAUAAUUUAAGUUAUUGCUGGUCAGUCCAUUUAAGUGUCCCAAUGAUCGCGUCAUAAUAUGUAUAUCCCCCGCUUAGGGUUGCUUUGUGUUCAAGCCCAGUGUCAAAAAGAGAAGGAAGAGUCCAACAGUGGGUGAGUGAUCUUAUACAUAACUAGCUGGGUCGAUGGUCAUAUUUAAACACAGUAAUCUAUACUUUAUUUAUUGAAACUGAAUAUUCAAAGUAUCGGGUAGCAUUGACUAUCAGUGUCAAUUGUAUCGUGUGUGUGUUCUCCAGAGGAUUAUUUCACUCAUGGCAGUGAGGACACAGAGAACAGCAAACUACGUUUCAGAACCUGUCAGACAUUAUGGGAGAAAAUGAAGGCAGACACCGAGGUGAGAACCUACCUGCAUUCAGUUCAUCAUCCUCCCAACUUUGGGCAUUGCCAUUAUUGUGCUCAUGCCAGUCAGCAGGGCCCUGUUCAGGAGGGCGCCACUCAACGGAAUGUUCAGACAGACAAUCAUAUCUGUUCAAUAUAAAUAUGUCUGUCAUGCAGAAUAGGGGAUUGUGUCAGCUCUACUUGUUACAUUAUUAUAUGUAGCGUUGUGAAGAUUUCAGCUCACUGAAUACACCCCAGAUCAAAGUUACGAGCUUUUGUCAGGCAUGACAAUUUACAUUGUUUACUUUCUACAGCUUCUGCAGGAUGAGCUGAACAGGAAAAUAUUAGACAGCCUCUUGGCGUUCAUCAGAAAGAGUGUGUCCACUUUCCAGCGUGGCACGGAUGACUGGGCGUCGCGUAUGAGAGCACACGAGAUUCCGACAGCUGCCCUAGUGCUUGGUAUGUGGCUCAAAAGACAAUUCGCAUGCAAAAGUAUUUUGGUAUGACCAGGGCCCAUGAUAUAGGCCUAAAAUUAGUGUAUUUUGAUAAAUGCCAAGGUACAGACUGAGAGAUGGCUCUAGUAUAGAGAGUUUUGGCUGGAGGAAAAAAGGAUGUACCUUACAUCCUUCUGUUUGAACAUUCUCAUAGUGGGAUAGAGCUUCACUAAGUAACUCUGCCUGUGUAGGAGUGAAUGUGCCAGAUCACGGUAUGACCUUCCAGAGCCUCUCUGACCAGUUGCAGCAGUCAGUGACUCCCUUUGUCGUCUCCCUACAAGCCACAGAGUGUGCAGGUCAGUCCUAUGUGUGUGGUACUUGAGAAAUUACCCUAAUUUCUAUUAGUAAUCAACAAUGGAAUUUGUACAAGUAUUAUGGCUAUUUGAGGUUGGUGUUAGGUAGAUUUAUUUUGAUAAUAGGUAUAUGCAUGCCUUUUUGUAUUAUGACAUGUGGAUACUACCUACCUAAUUCAAAUCAUAAUAUUUAAAUGUGUUCUGUCCUCAGCCCUGAAUCACAUGAUGCAGAGGGUUCUAGAGAGACUGAUGGGUACUAGUGUGUCCGUGGAUGAUGAGGAAGAGCCUGAGCAGCGCAGUACCAUUGUAAACCAGAAGAGGGUGCACUGCUCCCUCAACACACUCUGUGACUGGUACAAGACUGUGACAAAGGUAUGUAGCUACUGCACACAAGUAAGGACUAUUAUGAUGAUUUAAUGUACAACUCCUUACAAUUUCUACAUUCUGUAAAUGCUCAUUACAAAUCAUGAAUCUUGUGUAAAAAUAAUUUGUUCCCCUCAGAAAGCUGCCUCCGGCACCCCAGGCAAAAAGCGUUCUUCCGUUGGCAAAGACAUGCAACAGCAUCCUCCCAUUGUAGUGAUCUUCAAAGACCUAGAGGCUUUCAACCCUAGAGUGCUGCAAGACUUCAUCCUCAUCUGCAGGUAACAGAGCUCUGACCUCCAUCUCUGUUAGAUUGAUUGAAUGGGUAUAUAAUUUGAAAAUACACUUGUGUGAUGGCACCUCUCACAUAACUGUUCAUGCGCUACAUGCUGCAUAAUCUCCCCGUUCUCUUCAACAGUCGAUACGUUGAACAGCUUCCUCUGAUGUUCGUCUUUGGCAUCGCCACGUCUCCCAGCACCAUUCAACACAUGCUGCCCCAUUCCGUGUCCUCUCUGCUGGGCAUCGAGCUCUUCCAGUCCCUGUCCUGCACCCAGCACCUGGCCACUGUCAUAGACAAGGUAGGUACUGUGGUCUGUAGCCACCAUGGAUCCAUCCAUUCACUGUGAAUGUAGUUGUAUUCGGCACAUAGUGAGCAUAUUUGUCUGUGCCCUAUUCCUAAAACCCAACAGGGUUCUGAAGUUGCAGUUGAAUACCAACUUGAGAUCAACGUGCAUAACAAACAUUUUCACUCAAGACCCCCAUUAAUGACAUGUCUUGAGUUACUCAUGUUUAUCUCAAGUUAGGAUUCAGACUUUAGUUUGAGUAUUGCUUUUCCUCUCUGUGUCUCCAGGUGAUCCUAACUUCCCAGUUUCCCUUCAAGCCCAGUGGCAAGGUACUGCAGGUGCUGGUCAGCAUCUUCCUCUACCACGACUUCUCUGUACGCAACUUCAUCAAAGGCCUGCAGGUGAGGACUGCCCUCUGAUUGUUGGGGUGACUAUUCUAGGACUGUGUUGGAGAAUGAGCAUUCUCCUUUAACUGAUGUUUAACUGACUGAACACACAAUGUUGAUUGUGCUCUGCACCGGCUUUCAAAGACUAACUUUGAGAUGUUUGCUGGAUGUAGUAUUUUGGACUGUGUAUUCCUGUGAAUUUCUUAGUUCCCUUAUUUUUUGCAUUGCUUGUUCUUAAGUUUGUGUGUGUUGACCAUGGGGGCCCCUCCGCAGUUGGCGCUACUGGAGCACUUCCACAGCCAGCCUCUGAGCGUGCUGUGCUGUAAGAAGGAGGAGGCCCUGGGCCACGCCACUGAGCUCAGCCACCGGGAUGUAGAGAGGAUCCAACAGCUGCCCUCCUUCAUGAGGUGACCGUCACACACACUCUUCUACCCAUAUGAUGGUGGAUAACGUUAUUAGAAUGUUGUGUGAUUUGUCUGUAUAAAAACGUGUUGAUGUUUAGUGUUUACCUCACCUUUCCUCUAGGUAUGUAGAGAAGCAGGGUCCCCAGGAGCAAGUGGAGCUGUUGACCAGUGACAACCAUGUGAAGGUAAAUAUUAUUGAGUGCUGUCGAGAGGUUCUGAACAGUAUAUUGCCAUGACUGAAUUAUGAGCUUACCAAAAUGUAUUGCCAUUGGUCUUGAGUGAUUGCGUGUCCUGCCACUCCUUUUAGGAAGUGUGUCAGAAACUGCUGAAAGAUCUUCGCAAAUACCACAAGAACUACUACCCCAUUCUGAGGUGUCUCCACGUUCUGACAGCUUCUCUACCCAAAUACCCAUUGGGGAAACAGGUUGGAACAUUUUGUUUGUCAAGGUUGCCAUUGAAAUAAUACAUCAUACGUUAGGAAUGGAAUUGUAGAGCAUGGCACGGACUGUCUCACCUGUUCCACAUAUGCCUCUAUUUUUAGAUAAGAGAGCUGCACAUAUCCUGUCUGGAGAAGAAUGUAUGGGAGAAUGAAGAGUAUGUGUCUGCCAUGCAGCUUCUGAGGUGAUAAAGGAGUUUAUAGAUUUAUUCAUUCCAAAGUCAUUGUUUAAAGUUGAUAUAAAGCAUAAACAUUGCUUUGCAAAACAACGUUAUAUUCGCUAUCAUAUACUCUGUUACCUGCUAAGAUAAAGUUCAGUUUGUUUGCUCUCCUUUUGUCAACACUCAACUUUUCACCCCAGGAUGAUGGCUAAAGACGAGCUCAUCUCAGCGCUGCAAAAGUGUGCUGAGAUCCUGAAACAUGGCAAGACAAAGAAAAUGAGGGCUGCACUGUUCCAACUGGAUGAUUUACUCGCCAAAUUUGACCAGCCAGACGGUAAGUAGCGAUGAUGGCUGUAACAGUUUCCCAUUUCACCAAAUGUAUUUCGGACCCGUUGAAAUAGCCGACUUGAAAUGUGCUUCUCUUUUGCCCCAUCAGAUGCUGCUGAGAGUACAGCUGGGGAGGACCUCACUUCCCCAGGGAGAGGCCUCCAGAAGAAAACAGACCUGUUCCAACUGCAAAAGGUAAUAACUUUCUGCUAUAACGAAUAGUUAUUUUGCUCAAAUAAAUGGUUUCAUACACUUCUGAUGUAUAAUGGAUCUCCGCCUCUCUAAAACAUGUGUAUUCUAUGUAGUGCUUGUGAUAUGAAGGGCCUCUCAGCAUGGACUCUCCUCCCCUUUUUAGACACUACUGGAGAUGAAGAAAUCUCGAAGAACCAAGAAAAUGAGCCAGUUUGAGAUACUCCGAGACCAAGCCCUGGAGUUCAUUGACAGCCUUGUGAGGUGAGAGGUGACAUUUUUAAGGUGACGUAGUAGACAGUAAUGAUACAACCCAAUCAAUUGACUGAUUCAACAGUGGCUGGAUAGAUUACGUUCAUUCUUUUAGAUGAGCUCGGUGUAAAUGGAUGGCACAGUAUUUGACGGUGCUGCUCACCUUUUGUGUGUUCUCAGGUCCCACCUGGCCCCACCCGAAUCACAACCGCUGUACGAGGUGUGCUACUACAGCUCCUCUGCUGUCCUGAGACGCCACCUCAAUGCCACGCCACGCACCUCCAUCCAGACUGCCCUCAGCAACCCCUACCACUACCUGAAAGUAAAUAGCUCCCCUGAGAGGCUGUCUCAAUAACAUCUAGUGAACACCGUUCCUAGUAUCCGAAUCUGCACCAAUCUGUAAAGAUUUGAUGGGUGUAAGCAAUAUGGUGGACUGCCAUUAUUGGCCUUACUUUUACCUGUUCACAAUUGUUUGAGAUCGGUGCAGAUGAAAGAAAGGGAAUGCGAUAAGCCUGCCUUUUUAGACAACGCAGCCAAAGCGUAUAGUGUUAAACAGUAGCUGAUACUGAUGCUAAUCUGUGGUUCAGAAUGAAAACCUGCGGACCGAGGACGGGACAGUCUCCAAUGCUGCUCCUGACAUCUGCAUUGUGUACAAACUACAUCUGGAGUGUGGGAGACUCAUCAACCUGUAUGACUGGCUGGAGGUAGGUUUAAAAAAGGUUUUAAUAAAGAAUGAAAUGAAAUACCAUUAUUGGUAUCAUAUACACUGAGUGUACAAAACAUUAUGAACACCUGCUCUUUCCAUGACAGACUGACCACGUGAAAGCUAUGAUCCCUUAUUGAUGUCACUUGUUAAAUCCUCUUCAAUCAGUGUAGAUGAAGGGGAGGAGAGAGGUUAAAUAAUAUUUUUUAAGCAUUGAGACGUGGAUUGUGUGUGUGCCAUUCAGAGGGUGAAUGGGCAAGACAAAAGAUUUGUGUCUUCGAUUGGGGUGUGGUACUAGGUGCCAGGCGCACCGGUUUGUGUCAAGAAAUGCAACACUGCUACGUUCAACAGUUUACCAUGUGUAUCAAGAAUGGUCCACCACCCAAAGGACAUCCAGCCAACUUGACACAACUGUGGAAAGCGUUGUAGUCAACAUGGGCCAGCGUCCCUGUGGAAGGCUUUCGACACCUUGUAGAGUCCAUGGCCAGACGAAUUUGUACACUGUGUAUAUAUCUCUGGGUUUAUACCUCUGUAGAAAAAUAUAUGCCUUGCCUGCUGGUAUAUUGAAUGAGACAAACUGAGUGAGUGAAUUGUUAUUCAUUUGCAGGCUUAUGCUACUGUGGUCUCGGCUGCAGAGGGCAAGGAUCCUGACUCUGCGGACUAUGGCAAAGUGGACGAACUCAAACAGUAUCCUUUAAUUGUUGGAUGUCUUAAAAUGCUUCUUUGUGAUGCAUUUAGAAUAUGUGGUAAGAUGUUUAAUAAAACAAGCACUGCAUGGGGGCGGCAGGUAGCAAUCAAAAGGUUGCUGGUUCAAAUGGCCAAGCCAAAGAAUCUGUAGAUUUUUGCCCUUGAGCAAGGCACUUAACCCUAAUUGCUCCUGUAAGUCACUCUGGAUAAGAGCGUCUGCUACAGUGGCUUGUGAAAGUAUUCACCCCCCUUGGCAUUUUUCCUAUUUUGUUGCCUUACAAUCUGGAAUUAAAAUAGAUUUAUUGGGGGGGGGUUUGUAUCAUUUGAUUUACACAACAUGCCUACCACUUUGAAGAUGCAAAAUAUGUUUUAUUGUGAAACAAACAAGAAAUAAGACAAAAAAAACAGAACUUGAGCGUGCAUAACUAAGUCAAUACUUUGUAGAGCCACCUUUUGCAGCAAUUACAGCUGCAAGUCUCUUGGGGUAUGUCUCUAUAAGCUUGGCACAUUUAGCCACUGGGAUUUCUGCCCAUUCUUCAAGGCAAAACUGCUCCAGCUCCUUCAAGUUGGAUGGGUUCUGCUGGUGUACAGCAAUCUAUGUCAUACCGCAGAUUCUCAAUUGGAUUGAGGUCUUGGCUUUGACUAGGCCAUUCCAAGACAUUUAAAUGUUUCCCCUUAAACCACUCGAGUGUUGCUUUAGCAGUAUGCUUAGGGUCAUUGUCCUCCUGGAAGGUGAACCUCCGUCCCAGUCUCAAAUCUCUGGAAGACUGAAACAGGUUUCCCUCAAGAAUUUCCCUGUAUUUAGCGCCAUCCAUCAUUCCUUCAAUUCUGACCAAUUUCCCAGUCCCUGCCGAUGGAAAAACAUCCCCACAGCAUGAUGCUGCCACCACGCUGAUGGUGUUCUCGGGGUGAUGAGAGGUGUUGGGUUUGCGCCAGACAUAGCGUUUUCCUUGAUGGCCAAAAAGCUCAAUUUUAGUCUCAUCUGACCAGAGUACCUUCUUCCAUAUGUUUGGGGAGUCUCCCACAUGCCUUUUGGCGAACACCAAACAUGUUUGCUUAUUUUUUUGUUUAAGCAAUGGCAUUUUUCUGCCAACUCUUCCGUAAAGCCCAGCUCUGUGGAGUGUACGGCUUAAAGUGGUCCUAUGGACAGAUACUCCAAUCUCCGCUGUGGAGAUAACUUCAGGGUUAUCUUUGGUCUCUUUGUUGCCUCUGAUUAAUGUCCUCCUUGCCUGGUCUGUGGGUUUUGGUGGGUGGCCCUCUCUUGGCAGGUUUGUUGUGGUAUCAUAUUCUUUCAAUUUUUUAAUAAUGGAUGUAAUGGUGCUCCGUGGGAUUUUCAAAGUUUCUGAUAUUUUUUUAUAACCCAACCCUGAUCUGUACUUCUCCACAACUUUGUCCCUGACCUGUUUGGAUAGCUCCUUGGUCUUCAUGGUGCCGCUUGCUUGGUGGUGCCCCUUGCUUAGUGGUGUUGCAGACUCUGGGGCCUUUCAGAACAGGUGUCUGUAUAUAUAUGUAUAUGUAUAUGUAUAUGUAUAUAUAUAUAUAUAUAUGUAUAUGUAUAUGUGUAUGUAUAUAUGUGUAUACAGUGGGGAGAACAAGUAUUUGAUACACUGCCGAUUUUGCAGGUUUUCCUACUUACAAAGCAUGUAGAGGUCUGUAAUUUUUAUCAUAGGUACACUUCAACUGUGAGAGACGGAAUCUAAAACAAAAAUCCAGAAAAUCUCAUUGUAUGAUUUUUAAGUAAUUAAUUUGCAUUUUAUUGCAUGACAUAAGUAUUUGAUACAUCAGAAAAGCUGAACAUAAUAUUUGGUACAGAAACCUUUGUUUGUAAUUACAGAGAUCAUACGUUUCCUGUAGGUCUUGACCAGGUUUGCACACACUGCAGCAGGGAUUUUGGCCCACUCCUCCAUACAGACCUUCUCCAGAUCCUUCAGGUUUUGGGGCUGUCGCUGGGCAAUACAGACUUUCAGCUCCCUCCAAUGAUUUUCUAUUGGGUUCAGGUCUGGAGACUGGCUAGGCCACUCCAGGACCUUGAGAUGCUUCUUACGGAGCCACUCCUUAGUUGCCCUGGCUGUGUGUUUCGGGUCGUUGUCAUGCUGGAAGACCCAGCCACGACCCAUCUUCAAUGCUCUUACUGAGGGAAGGAGGUUGUUGGCCAAGAUCUCGCGAUACAUGGCCCCAUCCAUCCUCCCCUCAAUACGGUGCAGUCGUCCUGUCCCCUUUGCAGAAAAGCAUCCCCAAAGAAUGAUGUUUCCACCUCCAUGCUUCAUGGUUGGGAUGGUGUUCUUGGGGUUGUACUCAUCCUUCUUCUUCCUCCAAACACGGCGAGUGGAGUUUAGACCAAAAAGCUAUAUUUUUGUCUCAUCAGACCACAUGACCUUCUCCCAUUCCUCCUCUGGAUCAUCCAGAUGGUCAUUGGCAAACUUCAGACGGGCCUGGACAUGCGCUGGCUUGAGCAGGGGGACCUUGCGUGCGCUGCAGGAUUUUAAUCCAUGACGGCGUAGUGUGUUACUAACGGUUUUCUUUGAGACUGUGGUCCCAGCUCUCUUCAGAUCAUUGACCAGGUCCUGCCGUGUAGUUCUGGGUUGAUCCCUCACCUUCCUCAUGAUCAUUGAUGCCCCACGAGGUGAGAUUUUGCAUGGAGCCCCAGACCGAGGGUGAUUGACCGUCAUCUUGAACUUCUUCCAUUUUCUAAUAAUUGCGCCAACAGUUGUUGCCUUUUCACCAAGCUGCUUGCAUAUUGUCCUGUAGCCCAUCCCAGCCUUGUGCAGGUCUACAAUUUUAUCCCUGAUGUCCUUAAACAGCUCUCUGGUCUUGGCCAUUGUGGAGAGGUUGGAGUCUAUUUGAUUGAGUGUGUGGACAGGUGUCAUUUAUACAGGUAAUGAGUUCAAACAGGUGCAGUUAAUACAGGUAAUGAGUGGAGAACAGGAGGGCUUCUUAAAGAAAAACUAACAGGUCUGUGAGAGUCGGAAUUCUUACUGGUUGGUAGGUGAUCAAAUACUUAUGUCAUGCAAUAAAAUGCAAAUUAAUUACUUAAAAAUCAUACAAUGUGAUUUUCUGGAUUUUUGUUUUAGAUUCCGUCUCUCACAGUUGAAGUGUACCUAUGAUAAAAAUUACAGACCUCUACAUGCUUUGUAAGUAGGAAAACCUGCAAAAUCGGCAGUGUAUCAAAUACUUGUUCUCCUCACUGUAUGUAUGUGUAUAUAUAUAUAUGUAUAUAUGUAUGUAUAUAUAAUAUAUGUAUAUAUAAUAUAUGUAUAUAUAUGUAUAUGUAUGAGAGAGAGAUUGCACACAGGUGGACUUUAUUUAACUAAUUAUGUUACUUCUGAAGGUAAUUGGUUGCACCAGAUCUUAUUUAGGGGCUUCAUAGCAAAGAGAGUGAAUACAUAUGCACGUACCACUUUUCCGGUAUUUUUUUUUUUUUAGAAUUGUUUGAAAUAAGUUAUUUUUUUCAUUUUAAUUCACCAAUUUUGACUAUUUUGUGUAUGUCCAUUAUAUGAAAUCCAAAUAAAAAUCCAUUUUAAAUUACAGGUUGUAAUGCAACAAAAUAGGAAAACGCCAAGGGGGAUGAAUACUUUUGCAAGGCACUGUAAAUGACUAAUGUAAAAUACUCUGAAUAGACAAGUAUCCUAUCAUAAGCACUUUCAAUUUAACUGGUAUGCAACUCAAUAUUAGGAAGGUGUUCUUAAUGUUUUGUACAGUGUAUUUUCACCCAUCAGACUAUUCUCAAUUUAAUAAUAGCAGCUGAGAAAUUAAUAUAGUAGCAGCUGGGAUCCUCCUCUUUUUAGUGGCAACCAUCAAAACUCUGCUUUCACACGGGAUUGCAUAUAGAAAUGUCUGGGCUUAUAAGAACACUUAUUUCACUCCAUGCCUCAACCACUGUUUGAGGAGCAUGCAGCCUCUUGCUGCGCGACAGGUGAUAUUCCGCCAAAAUUCUAUAUGCCAUGGGCUCUCCAACCCUGUUCCUGCAGCUACCCAGUGCUUAAUUUUGGAAACCAAGUGAAAUCUGUUCGGGAACAUCGGUAGUAACAUGUUUUCACAAAACACAUUUUAUUAAACUGUUGACAGCCCCUCUCUCUGUGCGCUCGAGAAAGGAAUGAAGGAGAGCACGGUGGUGAGAUAUUCUGUUGCUGAAGGUAAUGUCAGCCUAUUAUGAAAAUAUAAAACAAUGCCCUAUUACUAGGCUAAUCCAAAUCAAAUACACUAUAAUUGUAGGUUAACUCUAAGCUGCCCUGCACAAUCAAUGAACCAACAGCCUAGGCCUAUAUGUUCUCCCAGACUCAUGGAUGGAACGUUUGGAGUGUAGCGUAAGGGCCAUCUAGUAUGCAUAAUACAGUCUACACUCAAAAGCCAUUACUAGAAUUAGUUUGAUAUUGGAGUAUAGGCUAGACCAAAUAUGUGCCAAAGACAACUUCAGUCUUUUUGUAUUACUUUUCUGCAUGUGUAAUAUGCUGUAGGCUAUGUAUUGUAUAACGGCACAAUCAUUAUUUUAAUUACUUUAUGGGGGGGCAGGGGGGCUCAGGCAUAUGUGUGUGCAUAAGCUCUAAUAUGCAUGUUUUUGAAUUAAUCAUCACCUUAGAAAGCGCUGUUCAUUUCGUUGUAUUAAGGCUUUGAAACAACAUCCAAAACGAUCAUGUUUCAACCUGUUGAACUUUUCUUAAAAUUAAUCUAUCACAGUGAGAUGUGAGUUUUAAAAGCUUGAUUCUGUUUUCAUGAUAAGUGUUUGUUGUUAUUUUCGAUUGUAUUUGCAUGGAUGUCAGAGUGGUUAGAGGGACAAUAGUGCCUUGACGGUCGAUAAGGAGUUGGGUACUACCAAUGCAUGUCCAGAGUGCAUAAGAGGAAAUUACCGUGAUUUAACAGUCAAGUGGCAGUAAUACGGUCACUGCAACAGCCCUACUGGUACCAUUUACAAAAUACUUUUCCUACCACAGGUCCUCUCCCAUAGCCUAGAUAAAUGAUUACGUUCUGCUUUUUCACAUUGUUCCUCAACUCCUUCAAGUGCUCGUUUUAUUCAGGCCGUAUCUGAGCUGGAGUUCCUGGGAUUCAUCAAAUCCACCAAGCAGAAGACGGACCAUGUGUCACGACUGACCUGGGGAGGCUGCUGAUUCACUGUCUGGGAACUUGUGCUGUAUGGUAUGUGUCAAUUGUUUUUGAAUAAAAAUGUGAUUUGAAUUGAGUACCGUGAUUUGCUCAUCAGUGUGCUCUUAAAAGGUGUAAAAAUGCAAAUAUGUUUACAGUUUAUUCCAGUAACACACACACACACUCAAAGAGAAGUGUAUGU